AUGUCUCUGGGCCGCCUCCUCCGCCGCCGGGCCUCCUCCAGAGCCUCCGACCUCCUGACCCCCGCCCCGGGGGGCGGGCCCCCCUCCGUCCUGGACGGGGAGAUCCUCUACUCCAAGAACAACGUGUGUGUGCACCCGCCCGAGGGGCUGCAGGGGCUGGGGGAGCACCACCCAGGCUACCUGUGCUUGUACAUGGAGAAGGAUGAGCUGCUGGGGACCACCCUCAUCCUCGCCUGGGUCCCCAACUCCCGGAUCCAGCGGCAGGACGAGGAGGCGCUGCGCUACAUCACCCCCGAGGGCUCCCCCGUGCGCUCAGCACCCCGACCGCGGGGCCGGCGCACCCAGAGCUCGGGGGCCCCCUGUCACGUCUCCCCCACGGAGCCGCGGCCGCCCCUCACCCCCCGGGACGAGGACACCCUCCGGGGGGACGGGGAGAAGCUGGCCCGGGGCCUGAGGAUGGACGGCGCCCUCCCGACCUCGCAGCCGGCCCACAGCCCCUCCGGGACCCUGUCCGCCGGCAGCUCACAGGACGGGACCGAGGAGGGGCGGGAGCCGCAGCCCGAGGCGGGCGAGGAGGAGGGCUCCAUGGAGCUGUCGGCCGAGGGUGUGAGCAGGGACAGCUCCUUCGACUCCGACUCGGACGCCUUCUCCUCCCCCUGCUGCCUGUCGCCCGUGAGCGCCGCCCUGGUGGACAGCAGCGGCUCCGUGUUCCUGGAGGGCGAGAGCGGCUCCCCCUCCGGUGUGGACGCCCACCUGCGCUUCCCGGGCAGCGACGGCCUGCGGGCCCCGCGCUGGGACGAGCCGCAGCGGGCGCGGGCGCUGGAGCAGAUCUGCGCCGUGUUCCGCGUGGACCUGGGGCACAUGCGCUCCCUGCGCCUCUUCUUCAGUGACGAGGCCUGCACCAGCGGCCAGCUGGUGGUCGCCAGCCGCGAGAGCCAGUACAAGGUGCUCCACUUCCACCACGGCGGCCUGGACAAGCUGGCCGGCGCGCUGCAGCAGUGGGAGCACUGCGCGGGCGCCCGCCUCCACGGCCAGCAGGUGGCCGACGAGAAGACGUGCAUGAAGUUCUCCAUCCGGCGCCCCAAGCUGCCCUCCUCCGAGACGCACCCCGAGGAGAGCGCCUACCGCCGGCUGGACGUGGCCGCCUGGCUGCGCCACCUGAACGAGCUGGGCCAGCUGGAGGAGGAGCACAAGCUGCGCAAGGCCAUCUUCUUCGGCGGCAUCGACGUGUCCCUCCGCGGGGAGGUGUGGCCCUUCCUGCUGCGCUUCUACCGCCCCGAGUCCACGUCCCAGGAGAGGGAGGCGCUGCGCGCGCGGAAGCGCCAGGAGUACGCGGAGAUCGAGCAGCGGAGGCUCUCCAUGACCCCCGCGGAGCACCGGGAGUUCUGGCGGAAAGUGCAGUUCACGGUGGACAAGGAUGUGGUGCGCACCGACCGCAGCAGCCAGUUCUUCCGCGGCGAGGGCAACCCCAACGUGGAGAGCAUGAGGAGGAUCCUGCUGAACUUCGCGGUGUACCACCCGGCCAUCGGCUACUCGCAGGGCAUGUCGGACCUGGUGGCGCCCCUGCUGGCCGAGGUGCUGGACGAGUCGGACACCUUCUGGUGCUUCGUGGGCCUCAUGCAGAACACCAUCUUCGUCAGCUCACCGCGGGACGAGGACAUGGAGCGGCAGCUGCUGUACCUGCGGGAGCUGCUGCGGCUGACGCACCCGCGCUUCCACCGGCACCUGGCGGCGCUGGGCCCGGACGGCCUGCAGCUGCUCUUCUGCCACCGCUGGCUGCUGCUGUGCUUCAAGCGCGAGUUCCCCGAGGCUGAGGCGCUGCGCAUCUGGGAGGCCUGCUGGGCCCACUACCAGACGGAUUACUUCCACCUUUUCAUCUGCGUGGCCAUCGUGGCCAUCUACGGGGAUGACGUCAUUGAGCAGCAGCUGGCCACCGACCAGAUGCUCCUGCACUUCGGAAACCUGGCCAUGCACAUGAACGGGGAGCUGGUCCUGCGCAAGGCCAGGAGCCUGCUGUACCAGUUCCGCCUCCGGCCCCGGAUCCCCUGCAGCCUGCACGACCUGUGCAAGCUGUGCGGCAGCGGCAUGUGGGACAGCGGGUACAUGCCCGCCGUGGAGUGCACGGGCCACCACCCGGGCGCGGAAAGCUGCCCCUACGGGGGCACGGGCUAG